GUAUAAUAGGAGCCUCCACCCACACUCCACAUCGGAGUUUCUCUGUUGGCCACCAGUCCAUCUCAAGAUGAAGAAAGGUACUCUUGCUCUCUUCCUCCUCUUGGCCUUUGCUUCACAUGGCACAUGGUGUGCAGUAGCUGGGAGAAGCGUCAUGGCCGAUGCAGCUCAUCACCAUCUGAGGCCUCAUCUCCAGGUGCAGGCGAAGGGAUUGCUUGAAACAAAAGGCAAGCAUCUCCUGGAGAUGCAUAAUCCCAGGAAGUUUGGGCAUGCGCACAUGGCUGGCGGCGGCCCAGGCGGUGGAGCGAGCGGCGGUGGGAGGAACACCGGCGGCGGCGCGGCGAACACAAGGCCUCACAACAGCAAGAACGGGGUUGCUAUGCCGCUGCCGGCUCCGGUGACCUCCGUCCUGGCACUGGUUUUCACCACUACCAUCCUCCUCGCGGCGCUCAGCUUCUGAAGUGCCGAUCUUGUUGCGGUUGGUGUGUGCUAGUUGCGUUGCAGUUUCGGAAAUGGUUUGUGUAAUUGUUUCUCGGUAUCGUACUGAUAUAUUGUUCACUGGCUAGUCGUUAGACUAUAUGUUCCUCCAGUUCUUCAAUUAGCAAGCAACAAUCAGAUGGUUUAAACUUC